AGGCGGUCAGGCUGGACGGGGCACCGAGCUGACUCAUGCCACCCGGCCCUGCGGGAGCUCCCGGCCCGUCCUGCAUAACCAAAUAUAACAAAGUGAAGAUAACCCGGACAAUGGAGCUGUGUGCUCUGGGCCGGGCUGCGGGAGCCCAGGGCCCGGGCAGGGGGCAGCGCCGCCGGGGCGGGGAGGCGCGGGGGCGGCACUUCGAGAACCAGCGCGGCGGGACCGGACCGCCAGCCGAGGAGGUGGUCACCAUGGCCCAGUGCUACUACAACGAGACCAUCGGCUUCUUCUACAACAACAGUGGCAAGGAGCUGAGCUCCCACUGGCGGCCGAAGGACGUGGUGGUGGUGGCCCUGGGCCUGACGGUCAGCGUGCUGGUGCUGCUGACCAACCUGCUGAUCAUCGCGGCCAUCGCCUCGAACCGUCGUUUCCACCAGCCCAUUUACUACCUGCUUGGCAACCUGGCCGCCGCUGACCUCUUUGCCGGCGUGGCCUACCUCUUCCUCAUGUUUCACACUGGCCCGCGCACAGCCCGGCUCUCGCUCCAGGGCUGGUUCGUGCGGCAGGGUCUGCUGGACACCAGCCUGACGGCCUCGGUGGCCACGCUGCUGGCCAUCGCCGUGGAGCGGCACCGCAGCGUGAUGGCCGUGCAGCUGCACAGCCGCCUGCCGCGUGGCCGCGUCGUCAUGCUCAUUGUGGGCGUGUGGGCGGCUGCGCUGGGCCUGGGGCUGCUGCCCGCCCACUCCUGGCACUGCCUCUGUGCCCUGGACAGAUGCUCACGCAUGGCCCCCCUGCUCAGCCGCUCCUACCUGGCGGUCUGGGCCCUGUCCAGCCUGCUCGUCUUCCUGCUCAUGGUGGCUGUCUACACCCGCAUAUUCUUCUACGUUCGUCGGCGGGUGCAGCGCAUGGCGGAGCAUGUCAGCUGCCACCCCCGUUACCGCGAGACCACGCUCAGCCUGGUCAAGACUGUUGUCAUCAUCCUGGGGGCGUUCGUGGUUUGUUGGACGCCGGGCCAGGUGGUGCUACUCCUAGACGGCCUGGACUGCAAGUCCUGCAACGUCCUGGCUGUGGAGAAGUAUUUCCUACUCUUGGCCGAGGCCAACUCCCUGGUCAACGCUGUGGUGUACUCCUGCCGCGAUGCUGAGAUGCGCCGCACCUUCCGCCGCCUCCUCUGCUGUCAGUGCCUCCGCCGGUCCACCCAGGAGUCUGCCCACUACACAUCCUCCACCCGCGCAGGCGCCAGCACUCGCAUCAUGCUUCCUGAGAAUGGCCACCCCCUGAUGGAUUCCACCCUUUAGCCAACCUUGGACUUCAGCAGGAGGCAGCAAGUGCCCGCUUGCACCCCUGACCACUUGUGGAUGUGCCCGGUUCAACCCAAUUUGAAGGACAGAAUUAAAGGCAGACCCUCGGUCUGGAUGCCAGACCUCCGCAGACACACACAACUCUGCCUGCUCCGGGGCCUGGGCGUACGUGGUCAUCUCCAGGUGCCCAGGACAGUGUCAGAUGGGGUACCGGAACUGGCUCUUCAAUCAUCUCAGGUUUGGGGGUUUUAACAGACAUGUUCCUGUUUCACUGCACAUCCCUGGUAAACCCUGUGGACUGCUUCCUUGUCCGUGGUGGUGUGUGUUAAAGGUCGGAGAGAUGAGGACUCUCAGGCCAUGAUGCCCAAAGUCACAAGGACAGAUCAUGGAUGCACCAUGUGCUUGAGGCUGAUUCUUCAGGGGCAGAGUUUGUGGCCCCGUGAAGUCUCCGGGCUUGCCUGUCCCCGUUAGACUUGAGGGUACCCACAAGGAGGACAUAUUAAGGAGUAAACUUUUAUUUUUCCUCUG